AUGGGACAACAGCAACUGGGCUCCCUACUACAGCUUAGAAAUUAUGCAUGGGUAGUAGCGAUUUUACUCGCUCUACUUCCGGUCACCUCGGGCUUGACAUUAAACCUUUGCUCAACAACAAAUUUGGCUGGUGAUAGCAGUCCUUCCAACAGUAUAUAUAUGUCCAAUGGUCUAUGCCAGAACACUUGUUUAAACCAAGGGAAAGGUGUUGCUAUUUUACUGGGAACAAAUUGUUAUUGUACUGAUAACGUUCCUGCCGAUACUGUUGAUCUUUCAAAAUGUGCAAUUGGCUGUCCAGGAUACAAGGACCAAGAAAAUUGUGCUGGAAAUGGCUACUUUGGAUACUUGAUUAUAAAUGGCCCAUCCUCAACAGUAACCAAACAGUCACCUACUCCCUCCACGGCACCGAGUACAAACAAGAAGACGCAGCCUACUGACAACAAUCAACCUUCUAACGAACCAUCUAGCGACCAACCAUCUGCUGAUCAACCAGGAACUACCAUGAUUACACAAACCACAGAAAUAACCCAAACCCAACAAGAUAGUGAUAUAGUAAAGGUGACUACCACCGUUAGCAAAGUCAACUCCGACUCCUCCCAAGCAUCCAUGCAGCCAUCCACUGUUUUUUCUUAUGUCACAAUCAAUGGUACUCUAAGCCAAGAAAUCAAGACCCUAUAUAUUACGCAAGUUACUGCUGAGACAUCUUCAACCGACCCAUCAGACUCAUUGGCCGUUUCAUCCAAUGUAAAUGACCGUGAAGGUGCUCCGACAACCACAAGUGAUACUGACGCUAAAGAAAAGGCUGAUCAAAACAAAUCAACUUUCUUUGACGAUACCGCUAAAGUUGCAGGCACAUUCACUGCUGUUGGAGUUGUGGUGCUUGGAUUAGUUUCAGGUAUAUUAUAUUGCUGUUGUGCUGGAUCACGCAAUCAUCACAAUGGUGAUUACACCGACGAGGAAAGUCAAUCCAGUGGUGAUGAAUUGUCAAUUGAUCAUGAAAAGCAAGCUGGCACGCAAUUAUCUACACCUUCACAUUCUGUAAAAAGAAAUAGUUCACACAAGUCAGUAUUCAAGCUAUUUACAGGAGAGAAGGAUAGUGUGAAUAGAAGCUCGUCAAGAAAGAAACUUAUGAGUAAAAACUCCCCUAAUCCUAACAUUCCUGAAGAUGCUAAUGCAAGCGCAGGUGGUUCUAUUAUCAUGUUCCCUAUAAAUGAGGUUGAUGCCAGAUUGGAUCCAUAUACAAUGUUUUUGAAUACAAAUCUUUCCAAGCAAUCUUUGGGCGAUGAAAAAGAUUAUUCGAGAAAGUUGAAGAUUAUAAACCCAGAGAUUUCAGCGAAAGAGGUUUAG